GAAUGAUUGUCGCCUUUCUCGAGCGCUGGCAAGGCCUUCAAAACCAGCUGGAGCCUGAUCGUAGGUCCUCCGUUCGGUUUCUGCACAUUCGCUGCGGCUUUCAAUGACCUUGUUACAAAGGUUCGUCCUUCGUACCUGCUCAGCGUUCAAGACAAAGUCGACCACCCGCAAACCAAAGUCGCGUCCAUUUUCGCAGGCUGUAAAGAUGUCGGCCGCUUCAACUAGCGUGGCGCUGUACGCGUCUGUGAUAUCAGCAUCGCAGGUUAAGGGCGCCGUUCCGGAAGAUGCAGCAGAGUUGAAGCAUCACUUGAAGAAUGGGAAAGGUUUCAGGAAUCCGUGGGAUUCAUUUGUCGAUCCGAUCGGACCCAAAAUUCUGCUGCAGAUGAUCUGGCGUCAAUUGAGCGGCAAAGCCAACAAACCAGACACGACCCCUCCGACAGUUCCUGUACAUACGCCGAAAUUCCUGCCUUCAAGAGAGACGGCAGAGCUUCGUGCAACCUGGCUAGGGCAUGCUUGCUACUAUGUGGAGUUUCCGGGCGGUCUGAGAGUGCUCUUCGACCCGGUCUUUGAGCACCGCUGCUCACCCUUUAGCUGGCUCGGUCCAGGACGCUACACACCUGCACCUUGCAAUGUCGAAGACAUUCCAAUCAUAGACGCCGUUAUCAUAUCGCACAACCACUACGAUCAUCUCUCACUCCCUACCGUGAAGAAGAUCAAGGAAAAGCACCCAGGCGUGCAAUUCUUUGCCCCUCUCGGCAACAAGAAAUGGUUUACUGCAAGCGAUAUACACAACAUGACUGAGCUGGACUGGUGGCAGACGAAAGACCUGACAUUGAGUCGUAGCGGCGUUCCGGACAUAACCGCAACAAUCGGUGCUGUCCCGUGCCAGCAUAUGACCGCGAGAGGCCCCUUUGACCGAAUGGAGACUCUUUGGGCAUCUUGGAUCGUAGAAAGUGGAGGAAAGAAGGUUUAUUUUGCAGGAGAUACGGGCUAUCGAACGGUUCCAGAGAUGCCAAAAGGUGAAGAUUCGUACAGCGAAAAGUACGCCCAUCUUCCGCAUUGUCCAGCAUUCAAGGAGAUAGGCGAUCUUCGUGGACCUUUCGAUCUCGGACUCAUCCCAAUCGGAGCAUACGAUCCUCGCUGGAUCAUGUCGCCCAUGCAUGCGGAUCCAUUUGACAGCGUAAACAUCUUCGUAGACACAAAGUGCAAACGAGCGUUGGGCAUGCAUUGGGGCACUUGGGUGCUCACGGAAGAGGACGUUCUUGAGCCACCUCGACUGCUCAAGCAGGCUUUGAGCAGGAAGGGAAUAUCGGAGACGGGAGUGUUUGACGUGUGCGAUAUUGGCGAGUCGCGAGAAUUUCCAGCCCAGGACCCUCUAGAGGCGAAGCUUUGACAACCUUGCAAUUCUUCACGCGUGUAUCAUUUUUCCAAGACUACGCAUUUGUAAUUUGCUUUGCUGGCACUUGAUGUUGACUUUGUAAUAUCAACCUCUCUUCGGAAAGCAUGUCAUUCGCCAGGGCAUACGGAGUUUGGUUGCUCACAGAGUUUAAGAGCUUGUAUAUUGAAGAUAUCCACUAUUGAGAUGGCAGAGUGCCUAUUCUCCGUUUACUAAUAGCGCUUCCUUGCUUCUGCAAUUCAAGCAUACAGGCAUCGCAUGUCUCGGGCACGAAGGAUACUGUAUUACCAUCACAGAUUGUUCCGCAGCCACGAACGGGCCAUGAGAAGCCGAAACGUAGAAUCUGGAUGAGACGAAGGACAAUUCUGAUUUCAUGAUGAAAAACGCGCUAUUAGACGAAAGAGAGAUCAUGAUUCGCAGCACCUUCGCAAUUGCAGCAGAUAAUCAGCAAUUUGUGUCUUCAACAAGGAUCUGAACCUGAACAGAAACAUAACGAAUGUUGUCUGCGAAUCAGAUGAAUAGAACAGGUCAUCGUGUCAGCGUGUCCUUCAUAGUUCAUGCCACUAAGCAAACUCAUCAGUUUUUAGAGAUGGGACCGCGUUUCAUUUCUGCGCCGCUGGAAACCGCAAGACAUAACAUGGGUACUUCGUGAUGCGCCCGGUGAUGACACAUCUGAAGAGCCGUGGCGUCAUCGGCGCACUCGGGUGAUACGGGUUAAAAAGACUCCAACAAACAAGCUGGAGCUGUGAGAGCGCAAUACGAAGUGAAAAUUUGAAGAAGAGGAUUUCUGACUCUGUAGGAUCGAAUUUGCCUGGGUCGCCCGCACCACGUCGACGUAGCCAGACGUACCUCUUGGAGCAGGUUCUAGGCAGGAAGGCUUCUUUAAACGUCAGAGGGGAAUUUCGUUCUGUC